AUGGUGAAAGAAGCCCAUAAAGCUCUAGGUGCCAUGAACAAAGGUCGGCUUGCCUACCCACAACGGAACAAUUAUCAGCUGAAGACUGCCUCAACGGAUAAUGAGGGCCAAUUUGUCCCAGAGCUAGGUUCCGAGAAACUGGCUGCAGCCGAAAUGGCCACAAGGGGUGUUUCAUCCAAUGAAUCCGCGGUGCAACAAAAAAACUCGCAGAGCUUCGCAUAUACAGUCUCGCCUCAGCUUUCUGAAGCUGCCCGAAUUGUUGCAGAAGCUUCUCAACCUCCCCUUCCAGGUGACCACGGCAUAAACAUCGCGAAUGUCCUCGAGCGUCGACCGAAAACAUACAAUGAUACCAACAGGCCACAGCAAAAACAUCGCCGGCCAAAUGGUCUAGAUGGAUAUGUCUACGACGACCCUGCCACGCUUGUUGACCAUAACAAGCCUGAACUGAAGAAACGAGGUUCAUCCGAUUUCUGGCUCACAACGAUGGCUCAGAGAGGAUCAAGUCCAUAUGCACCAGCGGGAUACAAGAUUUGGAGAAAUGUCAAGGAUUAUGGGGCAAAAGGCGAUGGUAUAACUGAUGACACUGCGGCUAUUAAUCUUGCGAUCUCCGAGGGAGGAAGGUGUGGUGCCAACUGCGGCUCGAGCACCACUCAUCCGGCGUUCAUUUAUUUUCCCUCGGGCACGUAUCUCGUCAGCUCUUCAAUUAUCCAGUACUAUAAUACCGAGUUCUUUGGAAAUCCAUUUGAUUAUCCAACAAUACUGGCCGCCUCUAGCUUUGUUGGACUUGGAGUCAUCACCUCUGACGUCUACACUGGCGACACAGAGGAGUGGUACUUGAACACUAACAACUUCCUCCGAUCUGUGCGAAAUUUCAAAAUCGAUGUCACCCGCACCAAUUCAGAUGCCUAUGUUUGUGGUAUUCACUGGCAGGUGGCCCAAGGAACUUCACUCGAAAAUAUUGUCUUUUACAUGGUGCAGGACGAUGUUACUACUCAGCAGGGAAUCUACAUGGAGAAUGGCAGUGGCGGAUUUCUCACCAAUCUCACAUUUGUUGGUGGCAAUUUUGGUGCAUACUUUGGUAACCAGCAGUUCACCACCUCCCAGCUUACCUUCUUAAAUUGCAAAAACGCCUUGCAAGUUCACUGGGACUGGGCGUGGACCAUGCAAGAUGUGAUAAUCGAAGACUGCAUCAAUGGUCUUGUGAUUGUUGGCGGGUAUGAAAACAUAUAUAACUACAUCUGGGCUGGUGGUCCCGCAAGCACUGGUCAAUCAGUUGGCUCGCUGAUAUUAAUGGACGUUCUGAUCUACAACACCAAAAUAGGCAUUAUGACGUCUCUAUUCUCGGAGAAUUCCACGUCCUUCCUACUUCAAAAUGCAAAUUUCAUCAAUGUCGACAUCGCAGUUAUGGAUAGUUCCCAGGGUCGUAUCCUUUUGGCUGGCGGCUCCCAAGUGAUCACCGAAUCAUGGGGCUUUUGGAGUGUUGCCACAUCUAGCACCAACAGCACCUUCUACAAUGGACAGAACAUCCCAACAAUGGACAGGCCUGUCGAUUUGACUAGCCCGGGUUACUUCAAGUGGAACUUUUUCCAGCGCCGUCGACCAGCGUACACCGAUAUCGGGACAGCGCAAAUUAUUGAUGUGAAAGAAUUCGGAGCUGUUGGAGAUGGCGUUACUGACGACGGGCCUAUUCUGAACAGUAUCUUGGAUCGAGCAGCCAACAUUUCCGCUAUUGUCUUCAUCCCAUACGGAGUUUAUGUGAUCAAAGAUACCCUGCAUGUCCCUGUUGGAUCUCGCAUCAUGGGCCAGACAUGGUCACAGAUUAUGGCCACAGGAUCGAAGUUCCAGGACGAGCUGCAACCUCGAGUCGCAGUUCAGGUCGGUAAACCCGGUGAUGUGGGGAUAGUCGAGAUGCAGAGUCUCAUGUUUACUGUCUCCGGUCCGACGGCGGGCGCUGUGUUAGUGGAAUGGAAUGUGCACCAAUCUACACAAGGUUCUGCCGCCAUAUGGGAUUCGCACUUCCGAGUUGGUGGAGCCACAGGAUCCAAUUUACAAGCUACACAGUGCCCUAAACUCAGCGGUACGAUCAAUACCAAAUGUCAAGCUGCAUCAUUGAUGCUACAUCUCACACCCCAAUCGUCUGCGUAUAUGGAGAACAUUUGGGCCUGGACUGCUGAUCAUGAUCUUGACCUCCUGACCCAGGAUCAGAUUACUGUCUACUCCGGACGUGGUAUUCUGAUAGAAAGCCAAGGGCCUACAUGGAUGUAUGGAACAUCAUCAGAGCAUAACGUUCUGUAUCAAUAUCAAAUCUCUACAGCCAAGCAGCUGUACAUGAGCAUGAUCCAAACAGAGUCGCCGUACUUCCAACCGGUCCCGGAGGCUCCUCAGCCAUUCAGCACUGGCCUCUUCCCAAACGACCCAUCUUUCAGCAAUUGCGAUGCAAACCCCAGUACUUGUGCUAUUUCCUGGGCACUUCGAAUCCUUGAUUCCUCGUCUGUCUACAUCAUGGGCGCAGCUAAUAAGCUGCUUAAAGGUCUCUACAGUUUCUUUUACGACUACUCCCAGAAAUGUCUUGAUACAGGGAACUGUCAACAACGCGCAGUCGAGAUUUCCGAGAGCACGGAUACUUGGAUUUACAACCUAGUCACCAAAGAAAUGAUAGAAAUGGUGUCUCCGGUCAACGAGACCCCGACGCUCGGGGCCAACAACGUGAACGGGUUUAUGUCUUCUAUUUUGGCCUGGAUUCGGGAAAAAAACAACACCAUUGGUGAGAGAAAGUUUCCUGGCUUCCAGCUGUAUAAAUCUGAGUGGUUGGAUGACCUACCUUUGACCGGUACAUGCAAAACGGCGUUGACUCAGAAUGUUCUCUGCCAUCCGUGGCUGAAAACUAAGCAAAGUCCCGGAAUUGGUCAGUACUUCGAGAACACCACUUAUGCCAAUGAGAUUUGCGACUCGGGGUGUGGCGACAGUCUCCACAGCUGGUAUGACAACGUUUCCAAGUAUUGCGGAAAUCAAACAGUUGGCGAUUCAAGAGCUACUCGAAAGGGCGGCAUUAUCUAUGCCAGUUACAAUUUGACAUGCCUCAAAGACCAAGACGACGAUCAAUACUGCAACCAGGUAAUCAACGGAUUUACCACCGUACCAAGGAUGGAGGAAAUGACUUUGACUGAGAUGUGUUCCUACUGCUUCACAACCCUUUUCAAAAUGAGACAGGCCAGCGACUAUGCCGCUUACUCCACUUUGGAUCAGGAAAAUCUCCAGAUUGUCAACCAAAAUUGCGGUUUGGACACGCCAAUCGAUCUCCACGAUUCCCUCUGGAUUGAGGACCCGACUCCAAAGCCUGUGUGUGCCUCCGACACAACCUAUACCACAAUGGAGGGAGACACAUGUGACAAAAUCGCCAACGAGUAUCAAGUCGCCUCUGCCGCCAUCAUCUUCGGAAAUUCAGGCCUCAUUGCCAAUUGUUCCGCGCUGUAUCCUGGCAAAGAACUGUGCAUACCCUUGAGUUGUGACGUCCAAUACACAGUCAAGGACAAUGAUGAUUGCGUCAAUAUUGAGUAUGAUCUCAGUCUGCGGCCUGGCACAAUCCGCAAAUACAAUCCCUGGCUCGAAACAGAUUGUACUGAUCUACAAUCUUCCCGCGAGAUUGUGGGCAGUGUCCUUUGCCUAUCGCCUCAGGGAGGCGUCCACAACUCCACCGGUGCAAGCUUGACGAAGAGUCCCGGGGGCAGUGGAUACAGCAAGGGUGUUAGUACAUCCCCCGGAAACUCUACAAUUGCAGUAGGCACGACGCAGUACUGUGGCCUGUGGUACACUGCGACUGCGGGGGAUUCGUGUGUGUCCAUCUGCCUAAAACAGAGUAUCCCUUCCAAUCUGUUCCUGUCGGUGAACCCGUCGCUGUCUCGCGAGGACUGCGAUGCGGAUCUGGCCGACGGAAUAACUUAUUGUGUUGCGCCGGAUGUUCACUGGGAUGACCCAUCUUUCUGGGCCACCAGCAGUGUCACUACAAGCAGUAUAGCCGUGUCUUCAACUCCAGUUGCUUAG